UUAUAUGGUCUCCAUAAGUACUCCGUGGUUCUACGGUCGUAGUUUUAUUCUACAAAAAGCUCAUUGACUGCAUAAUUAAUUUAUGAUUUUACGGAUCUACGUUCUAUGCGUUUUAGGUGUUACAAAGAAUACGCCUCUAAUAAGGUAUAAUCAUUUACCCAACGAUAUGGCCGUUGCUUUCCUAUGCGAAACACCGGGUGACAUACAAUGUUUGCGAAUGGCUGAAUGGCUGCUUCCAGCUUUAACCUGGAUUUUAGCUCUACAGCUUAUACUAGGGCUCAUCAAAGCUAUCCUAGGACUGUGGUGCGACAGGAUUGGCCGGCACGGCCUUGAGUUGCUGCUGCAGUACGUGCAUGACGUGUCUCCGGACAGAUCCUCCAGGAUCUUGUCGAAGCUGCUGCUGUUCGCGCUCAACUGCACCAUGUUCUGCCUGUGGCCCGCCUGGGCACUGCUGCUGUGCUGCGUGCUGCUGGGGCGGUGCUCCGCGCGCGCCGGGGACUGCGCCCCGUCCCCCGCCGGCGUGACGGUUACCAGCUGUGAACCCGACAGACAUCAUACCAAAAUCGAAGACACUGACGACCCGGAAGUGACAGGAUAUGUUACUAUGCUGCCAGACAAGGAUCCACGGUCGCACCACCCGUGUGUUGGGGCAGCGGCGGGCUGGGGUUGCUGCUGCUGCAGCACCGCGGAGCUCACCAGUAGCUCGGCGACCAGCCUGCUGCCCUGCAGCAGCUGCAGCAAUUGGUCAGCCGAAGGUUACCAGCUGUGAACCCGACAGUGACAAUACCAAAAUCGAAGAUCCUUUGCCAACUGCAGAUGAAAAUGCUUGGCUUCAUCGCCUGGCCAUACCAAGGCUUGGCUUCAUCGCCUGGCCGUACCAAGACUCGGCUUCAUCGCCUGGCCAUAACAAGGCUUGGCUGCAUCGCCUGGCCGUACCAAGGCUUGGCUUCAUCGCCUGGCCAUAACAAGGCUUGGCUUCAUCGCCUGGCCGUACCAAGGCUCGGCUUCAUCGCCUGGCCAUAACAAGGCUUGGCUUCAUCGCCUGGCCGUACCAAGGCUCGGCUUCAUCGCCUGGCCAUAACAAGGCUCGGCUUCAUCGCCUGGCCGUACCAAGGCUCGGCUUCAUCGCCUGGCCGUACCAAGGCUUGGCUUCAUCGCCUGGCCAUAACAAGGCUCGGCUUCAUCGCCUGGCCGUACCAAGGCUCGGCUUCAUCGCCUGGCCAUAACAAGGCUCGGCUUCAUCGCCUGGCCGUACCAAGGCUCGGCUUCAUCGCCUGGCCAUAACAAGGCUCGGCUUCAUCGCCUGGCCGUACCAAGGCUCGGCUUCAUCGCCUGGCCAUAACAAGGCUUGGCUUCAUCGCCUGGCCGUACCAAGGCUCGGCUUCAUCGCCUGGCCAUAACAAGGCUUGGCUUCAUCGCCUGGCCGUACCAAGGCUCGGCUUCAUCGCCUGGCCAUAACAAGGCUCGGCUUCAUCGCCUGGCCGUACCAAGGCUCGGCUUCAUCGCCUGGCCAUAACAAGGCUCGGCUUCAUCGCCUGGCCGUACCAAGGCUCGGCUUCAUCGCCUGGCCAUAACAAGGCUCGGCUUCAUCGCCUGGCCGUACCAAGGCUCGGCUUCAUCGCCUGGCCAUAACAAGGCUAGGCUUCAUCGCCUGGCCGUACCAAGGCUCGGCUUCAUCGCCUGGCCGUACCAAGGCUCGGCUUCAUCGCCUGGCCAUAACAAGGCUUGGCUUCAUCGCCUGGCCGUACCAAGGCUCGGCUUCAUCGCCUGGCCGUACCAAGGCUCGGCUUCAUCGCCUGGCCAUAACAAGGCUCGGCUUCAUAGCCUGGCCAUACCAAGGCUCGGCUUCAUCGCCUGGCCAAAACAAGGCUUGGCUUCAUCGCCUGGCCGUACCAAGGCUUGGCUUCAUCGCCUGGCCAUAACAAGGCUUGGCUUCAUCGCCUGGCCGUACCAAGGCUUGGCUUCAUCGCCUGGCCGUACCAAGGCUUGGCUUCAUCGCCUGGCCAUAACAAGGCUCGGCUUCAUCGCCUGGCCAUACCAAGGCUUGGCUUUAUCGCCUGGCCAUACCAAGGCUUGGCUUCAUCGCCUGGCAAUACUAAGGCUUGGCGUCAUUACGUGGCUACUUUAAUAAUUUUGUGUUCAAGCUGCAUGUAAAGAACAGUCAUUUACACAUAUAUAUGAACCCAUAAAUAAUUUUCUAAUCCACAAAUAAAAGUAUGUGUAGAAAAGAAAA